AAAUUUCUCGCACACCAUAUUAUCAUAUGUCUCAUGUUCAAUAAUCGUACCCGUAUAGGUCACCCAUUGUGUUACAAUCGAACAUCUGCCCCAGCAACCAAUGUUUCGCCACUUUGACUCACUCUGAAUUAUUCAUGUUGCGUUCAUAUAAUACACAAUAGAAUUGCCAGUCUCGGAAAAAGUUUUAGACAAUUUGGUGUAGUUCAUAAAAGAUCUAAACAUAGAAUCUAAACAUCAUUCUAAACAUAGAAUUGCGGAAUCUGUAUAUAUUGUAGAAUGAUAAUUAUGCAUAAUACAUAAGAAGUUGUUUUUCAAGAUGUUUUAAUUCGAUUCGGUAGGGGUGCAAUGUUGGAAACACGCUCCGCGGUUUACAAAAUGAUGAAAGAAAAAGCCCACGAUGAGAGACAGAUAACUGUUUGGCCGCCACCCUUUUCGUCGGAGAUGACUCCGUACACCGAGAAUGAUUUCGGCAGUUUAAUCAGACGAACCUGCGAAAACAAGAACUUAACUCUCAGAAUCUCCAAAGUGAUCGUCAUCGGCGAUGUUGCUGUCGGCAAGACAUCGUUGGUGAAUCGUUUCUGCCACAAACUCUUCAAUAAUAAUUACAAGGCUACAAUCGGCGUGGAUUUUGAAGUGGAGAGAUUCGAUAUCCUCGGCCUGCCUUUCCAUUUGCAAAUAUGGGAUACCGCCGGACAGGAAAGAUUCAAGUGUAUAGCAGCAUCUUAUUAUCGUGGCGCUAAUGUAAUCGUGGUUGUUUUCGAUGUGAGUAACUUGAUGUCACUGGCGCAUUGCCAGCAAUGGUUAAACGAAGCGAGUCGUAGCAACGUUGGCCCUUAUCACAUCUUUCUAGUCGGCGCCAAGAAGGAUUUAUUGUCUCAUCAAGUAUACGACAUAAUUGAAAAACGAGCGGCGGAAACGGCGAGAAGAAUGCGGGCGGAAUAUUGGGCGGUCUCAUCGAGAACGGGCAACGGGGUGUCCGAAUUAUUCACGCGUAUCGCUGCGCUCACCUUUCAGGCAAUGGCAUUGCGCGAGAUGCAAAGUUUAAAACUCGAACCGAUCAAUAUCGGCUCGACGAUAACAUUGAAAAGACAAUCGAAAGAAGCCGAGACGAAGAAACUGCCAAAGUGUUUCAAAUGCCCGUUGUAAUGUGAUUGAAUCAUUUAAUAUAGAUAUUUAAAUGAGAAAGAGAGAGAGAGAGAGAGAGAGA